ACUGUACUCCCACUAGAAACCUUGGCUUUCCACAGGUCGUUUGUUCCUUCAGCUAUCUGCGUUUUUAGACUAAGAGCUAAUGCCAAGCUGCCUGCGAUCUCUGUGGGGGUGGGGAAAGCAGAUGGGGGUGCCAACAAGCACAGUUCCAGGUACAGACCUUCAAUUAUCCCCACUGUCUUCAGCCCCACUUUUUGCUCCUGCCCUCCCUUGAGCCUGCUGGCCUAGAGCCCAGAGCCGUCAGGUGUCCAGGGCAGAGUGGCUCUCUAGAUUCCUUCUAGCAUUCUGACAAGCACUUUGGCUUCCAGCUCCUUUUAGGUUGCGUUGUGUAGUCUUCUGGGCUGUGGCUUUGUCUGCCUGUCUCAUCCGUCAACACAAUUCCAUCUCCUUUUUGAAUUCUAGAAAUUUGUUGGAUCUUUCAUCCACUGGUGAACCCCUACUUCCCUUUUCCUUUGCUAUUAGAGGUUUAUUGCUUCUUUUGCCUCCCUUAUUUGAGUGUGGUUUUGCAAGCGGCCCGCUUCUCAUACGUGCGAAUGAAAUAUCUUUUCUUUUCCUGGUUGGCGGUUUUUGUUGGAAGCUGGAUUAUAUAUGUGCAAUACUCUACCUAUACAGAACUAUGCAGAGGAAAGGACUGUAAGAAAAUAAUAUGUGAUAAGUACAAGACUGGAGUUAUUGAUGGGCCUGCAUGUAACAGCCUUUGUGUUACAGAAACUCUUUACUUUGGAAAAUGCUUAUCCACCAAGCCCAGCAAUCAGAUGUACUUAGGGAUUUGGGAUAAUCUACCAGGUGUUGUGAAAUGUCAGAUGGAACAAGCACUUCAUCUUGAUUUUGGAACUGAAUUGGAACCAAGAAAAGAAAUAGUGCUAUUUGAUAAACCAACAAGGGGAACUACUGUCCAGAAAUUCAAAGAAAUGGUCUACAGUCUCUUCAAAGCAAAGUUGGGCGACCAAGGAAACCUCUCUGAACUGGUUAAUCUGAUCUUGACGGUGGCUGAUGGCGACAAAGAUGGCCAGGUUUCUCUGGGAGAAGCGAAGUCAACAUGGGCACUUCUUCAAUUAAAUGAAUUUCUUCUCAUGGUGAUACUUCAAGAUAAAGAGCACACCCCCAAAUUAAUGGGAUUCUGUGGUGAUCUCUAUGUGAUGGAAAGUGUUGAAUAUACCUCUCUUUAUGGAAUCAGCCUCCCAUGGGUCAUUGAACUUUUUAUUCCAUCUGGGUUCAGAAGAAGCAUGGAUCAGUUGUUCACACCAUCAUGGCCUAGAAAGGCUAAAAUAGCCAUAGGACUUCUAGAAUUUGUGGAAGAUGUUUUCCACGGCCCCUAUGGAAACUUCCUCAUGUGUGAUACUAGUGCCAAAAAUCUAGGAUAUAAUGAUAAGUAUGAUUUGAAAAUGGUGGACAUGAGAAAAAUUGUGCCAGAGACAAACCUGAAAGAACUUAUAAAGGAUCGUCACUGUGAGUCUGAUCUGGACUGUGUCUAUGGCACGGAUUGUCGAACUAGCUGUGACCAGAGUACAAUGAAGUGUACUUCAGAGGUGAUACAACCAAAUUUGGCAAAAGCCUGUCAGUUACUCAAAGACUACCUACUGCGUGGUGCUCCAAGUGAAAUUCGUGAAGAAUUAGAAAAGCAGCUUUAUUCUUGCAUUGCUCUCAAAGUCACAGCAAAUCAAAUGGAAAUGGAACAUUCUUUGAUACUAAAUAACCUGAAAACAUUAUUGUGGAAGAAAAUUUCCUACACAAAUGACUCUUAGUUCAUACAUUGUUGACCACUGUAGGAAAUUUACCACAAGAAAAAAUUUUGAACAUUUAAAAAAAUGGCUGAUUCAGAUCCCUGCCAGUGACACACCACUUUUUCCUGGUCCUAAGAAGCCAUCACCUUAAAAUACAUUUUAAUUGCUUAAAUGGCAGGAAGUAUUAUAAAGAAAUCAGUAGGUCCAAAAAGAUUUCAUUCUGCCCUUUUAGAAACCCUGGUACAUCUCCUAGUACAUUCACUGUGUAACUGUCUUGACUGACUUAAGAUAACGCUGUGAAAAGCCUCAUUCCAUAAUGUCAGAAGUGAGUUUUAUAGAUUUACCUUAGCCAAAAUACCAUUGCUGGAAAAUUGUUUGCACUGAAGCUGCUGUUCAAGAAAAUUUAUAAAUUUACUAAUGUCUUAGCAUGGUGAAGUUUGCACAUUAACAGAAAUUAAGACUGCAAGCAGGUAAAUUAAAAUCACUCAUUUAUAAACAGAUGUUGGGUUAAUAGCAUGGUUUGUUGUAUUAUAGACUUAAGCACAUUUAAACUCAUUUAGACAUCAGAUGUUAUGUGGCUUCAGAAUGUUGAGUGGCUCUUACUGAGACCCUUAAAAUUCAAAACCUAUCAAGAUGUGUUCUACUUGGCAAUGUUUAAUUGCCAAUUUUAGAGGCUGAAAAUGGAUAAGCUUUCAUCAUUGUCGAUUCAAAAGAUCCACAUUAGUAUCGACGAGCCAAGUCCUUCAAAAGUGACAUCUUAAGGCUAUAGACCCAAUCCAGAUCCACUUACCUUCAAUCUGAACUAUGGGGAAGUGGGACAUUAAGAGCAGGACUCUGAAAUCAGAACUUUUUAAUAAUUUUCCGUUUUCAAACAGUAUUAUUCCCUGUUGGCCAAAGGGCUAUUUCUUAAGAGGCAUGUAAAUUUAUCUAACAUUUUCUCUCAUGUAAACUUGAUAUACAAGGGUCAAUAUUUGCUCCUUUUUCAUGUUUAUUCAGAUCUGGCAUGUACUUUUCAACAUUGCCAUAAAAUUAAACCCCUUCUCUUGUGGA